CAUGUCUCUUUUGAUUUGUUUUGCCUGAGUGAAGCGUCCUGAUCACCUGCAUGUUUCAUUUUUAAACUGGUUUACUGGAUUGUUCUGUGAGUACACGAUGAGCAGAUUAGGACAAAAAUAGACAAAACAUGAAUUUUUCAAGCAUUUAUGCCAAAUUUGGACACCUUCUGCCGACCAACUUUUCCUUCCUGAGACAGGACCAUAAUGGGAGUAUGGUUCAUGAUUCAGUGCCCUUUGCUGCAGACUUUCUUUUUGCAGGACACGAACCUGGCACGAUUGUCCUGAUGGUCAUGUAUUUGGUGUCCUUUCUGACAGGAUUUGUGGGGAAUAUUAUGGCGCUCUUGGUCCUGAGUCGAAGAAGGAACAGACUAGCUGGUGCCUCCACUACCAGAAAGCUGCUGAUAAACUUGGCUGUGUGUGACAUGAUGGUGGUGUGUGUGUGCAUGCCUGUGAACUUGGGCCACCAGGUGUACAAUGCUUGGGUGUUUGGGGACUUAUUGUGUCGUGCCGUGCCGUUCGUUCAGGCCGUGUCUGUGUCUGCGAGUGUCUUGAGCCUGGCUGUCAUAAGCUUGAACCGAUACUACAAUGUUCACAGUCCACUACGUGCACGAUCUUUCUUCACCGGUAGGAAGAUUGGUGCGAUGAUAGCCACGGUGUGGACGGUGUCAUCCGGGCUGUGUGCUCCGUUGGUCUUUAUGAACGAAACCAAGAUGCUCUCCUUGACAAUGGAUGGCUCACACGUGAUAACGGUGUGCGUCGAGACCUGGUCGAAAGCACGGCUGCGCCUAGGCUACAACUUUUUACUGUUCUGCGCCCUGUAUGGCUUCCCAGUCCUCUUCAACCUCAUCAUAUGUUUUCUCACUACCUGGAAACUGUGGAGUGCAGAUGACCAGUUUAGCGAAGCUGCCAUGUCAAGCUCAACCCGGUCAGCAGCGCGGCUGAAGUCGCGCAAGAAAAUAGCCAAGAUGGUGCUAGCGCUGGUGGUGCUUUUUACCCUCUCCUGGCUUCCUCUCUAUGUAGCCGAUAUCUGGAUUGACUUCAACAUGCCAGGCUCUCUGGACAGAGAAGUUCCUGGCCACGUUGAGCACAGUUGGGUGUUGCAGAGCCGACCUUUUGCGCAGUGGCUCGGCCUCACCAACUCGGCACUCAACCCGCUUUGCUAUUGCUUUGUAGGCGACCUGUACAGGUCUGCAAAAAGGUUCAGGAAGAGCUACAGAGAGAAAAUGGCCUCUGUUUUUAAUGCGUCUCAGAGACCGUCAUCCUCCGUGAACUCUGCCCUCAAACUUCAGUCCUGUGCAUCAUCCACAAAAUACAGCAGUGGAAAGCAGAGAUGGACAGGCCUCUACAUUUUCAGUAACAGAUUAAACAGCGGUAAAAGCAUGUCUGCUUUAAGUGUGUGUGAGACUGUAUUUGGUUAA